AUGUAUUCUACGAAGAUGAGUUCCAAGACAGUGACUUUAGACAACAUGAAUCAAAACUUUAAACCCAUGGAAUAUGCUGUUCGCGGGCCAGUUGCUAUUCGUGCAGCAGAAAUAGAAAAAGAAUUGGAAAUGGGAGUCAAAAAACCAUUCAAUCAAGUCAUUAGAGCUAAUGUAGGAGAUUGUCAUGCAAUGGGUCAGAAGCCUAUCACUUACAUUCGACAGGUUCUGACUUUAUGCACUUAUCCUGAUCUGAUGGAAGAUGACCGUUUUCCAUCUGAUGUCAAAAAACGAGCAACUGAGAUCUUAAAUGGUUGUCUUGGACGUAGCGUUGGUUCUUACAGUGACAGUGCAGGUUUAGAGAUUGUUAAAAAGCAUAUUGCUCAAUACAUUGAAAAAAGAGAUCGUGUUCCUGCCAAUUACUUGGAUAUCAUUUUGACUACUGGAGCUAAUCAAGGGAUUAAGGCUGUAUUAAGCUUGUUGGAUUAUAAAGAUGGUGACAAGGUGUCUGGUAUCUUGGCUCCUGUUCCUCAGUAUCCAGUGUAUUCUGCAACGAUAGUUGAGUAUGGAAUGCGUCACAUAAAUUAUUACUUAGAUGAGGACAAUGCAUGGGCUCUAAACAUAAAAGAGCUGAAAAGAGCCCUAAAUGAAGCAAAAAAAGAUUGUUUUCCUAGGGCUUUAGUAGUUAUCAAUCCUGGAAAUCCUACAGGGGCUGUGCUUACUCGUGAAAACAUCGAAGAGAUCAUAAGAUUUGCUUAUGAAGAGAAACUUUUUCUAAUGGCUGAUGAGGUAUAUCAAGAUAAUGUGUAUGCCGAAGGAAUGAAAUUUCAUUCUUUUAAGAAAGUUAUGACAGAGAUGGGGGAACCAUACAAAAGUAUGGAGUUAGCAUCCUUCAUGUCCAUCUCUAAGGGAUACAUGGGAGAGUGUGGUUUGCGUGGUGGGUAUUGUGAAAUCAUCAAUCUUGACCCAGAAGUCAAAAAGCUGUUUAUGAAAUCUGUAUCUGCUCGCUCAUGCUCCAGCAUUUUAGGUCAAGCAGCUUUGUCAUGCAUUGCUAUUCCGCCUCGAGAAGGUGAACCAUCCUUUGGUCUGUAUAUAAAGGAAAAGAAUGGGAUAUUGCAGUCUCUCAAAGACAGAGCAAUCCUUAUUACCAAAGCACUUAACAGCAUAAAAGGCAUAAGAUGCAACGAAAUUGCUGGGGCCAUGUAUGCAUUUCCACGUUUAGAACUUCCUGAAAAAGCAAUUCAAAAAGCAAAGUCUCUUGGACAAGCACCAGAUUUCUUUUAUGUCAUGCAACUUCUUGAGAAUACGGGGAUCUGCGUCGUUCCUGGCAGUGGAUUUGGACAAAUACCCGGAACUUAUCACUUCAGGACUACAAUUUUACCACAGACGAAUGAAUUAAAGAUAAUGCUGAAAAAAUUAGAAGAAUUUCAUGAAAAGUUCCUAGAAGAAUAUAAAUAA